AUGCAUUUCUCCAUCCACCAAUUGAGCCUGCUCAUCAGCUCUCUGGCUUUCACUUCUUCCGUUGAGGCGGGACCUAGCAAAGAUGUUACCAAAUGUCUAAAAUUCCACAAAGUACCCUUCAUCAUUGGCAACUCCCCCAACUGGACAAGUUACACAACUCCUCAUAAUCUACGCUUGGUUUACGAGCCAGCCGUGAUCACGAUUCCAGAAACAGCUCAGGACGUCAGUGCGUCAGUGAUUUGUGCGGCGGCAGCAAAGCUUAAGGUGCAGCCAAAAGGGGGCGGGCAUUCUUACGCGAGUUAUUCUAGCGGCGGAAGGGAUGGCAGUUUGAUUGUUGAUAUGGAAAAGUUCGAUCUGGUGGAGGUUGAUCGAUCUACUUUCAUCGCCAAGAUUGGCGCUGGACAGAGACUUGGUAAUGUGGCAACCCACCUAUACAAUCAAGGACAACGGGCAAUUCCGCAUGGUGUUUGCCCAGGUGUUGGUAUCGCUGGACACGCAUUACACGGCGGGUGGGGAUUUUCUGCUAGAUACUGGGGAUAUAGUCUUGACACCAUUGUAGGCCUGGAUGUUGUUCUUGCAAAUGGUACACAAGUCCACACUUCAUCUACUAGCUAUCCUGACCUAUUCUGGGCCAUGAGAGGCGCAGGAGAAAGCUUCGGCAUCGCUACCUACCUUUAUGUACAAACCCAGCCCGCACCACCAUCAACAAUCUUCUUCACCUCGAACUUAUCUGCUUCAUUGACAGAUAUCGAAACCGUCAUAUCAGGCUUUGAGAAUGUUCAAAACCUCAUUCUUACAUCACCGCUCAUUACACCGAACAUGACAUUCGGUUUCAACACAGACGGCCGGGGAUCGUUCUUCAUUGCCGGCUCAUGUAUCGGUUGCAACGCUGUUGCAUUCAACAACACCGUCCUACCAGCCAUCCUGUCGGGCUUUAGGUACAAUACACGAAUCGUUCAAACGAUAGGCUGGCUCGAAGGACUCGCUGCAGUCGCCGGCCAGCUUGGAUUACCCUUACAGCAGCCACUCGGCCAUGAAUACAACGUAAAAUCUACAUUCUACGUCAAAUCGCUCAUGACGAAAAACGCGCAUCCUUUAACUACGGCCGCCAUCCGAAGUUUCUGGUCUUAUGUCCUUGCACAUCAAGGAGAACCGUUCCGAAGCGUGAUAAACCUCUACGGCGGUCCCGGAUCAGCCCUCAACAUCCCAUCGUCGAAUUCAACGGCGUUUGCUCGUCGAGAUGCUAUGUGGGUAUUCGAGAAUUUCGGUGAUACAACUAAUGGGCUGCCGCCUUUCGAUCCUGAUACCAUCGCUCUCGUGGAAGGGCUUAACGCCGCGGUUGAGAAUGCGCAGCCUGAUGGUGAUUUCUCGGCAUACUUGAAUUACAUUGAUCCACAGCUGGAUGCGACGACUGCUGCUAGGCUGUAUUAUGGGGCAGACACGUACAAUAGGCUGUUGGAGCUGAAGAGGGAUUUUGAUCCGAAAUUUUUGUUUUGGAAUCCGCAAGCGGUGGGCAAUUCCUUGGCUUUGGACGAGGAGUAA